CUGGCUGCUGAGACCUACGGGGCAUCCUCCGGCUCCGCUCGGCUGCAGCCCACUGGGAUUCUCUGCGAGGACCCACGGAGAGUCAGAGGCUCCGGGGAGGUCUAUUAAGGACAUUUUAAUCACCCUCCAGGAGACAAGUGCUGGAAGUAUUGCCUCAAAACAGGAGCAUAGGGUCAUUGUAAUUCCUGCUAUAAAAUUAGACCAUGAGUCCCUCCCGGUUUUGUAUUGUCUUCCUGGGAUUAGCAGUUUUAAUAUGUCAAACACAGGGGUUUGUCCUGCCCAAUGCCACUCAUUUGGAGAAUUUUCUGAGAAAAUAUCAGGAUAACCAGCCUCAUUCCAGAGGCAAAAGAGCCAUCCCCAGAGCAGACAAGGAAGAGAUACUUAUGCUUCACAACAAACUGAGAGGCCAGGUCUACCCAUCAGCCUCAAACAUGGAAUAUAUGACCUGGGAUGAUGAGUUGGAAAGGUCAGCGGCAGCUUGGGCCCACGAAUGUAUCUGGGAACAUGGACCUGCUACCCUCCUUGUGUCCAUUGGCCAGAAUCUGGCUGUCCAUUGGGGAAGGUAUCGUUCACCAGCAUUCCAUGUCCAGUCAUGGUAUGACGAAGUCAAAGAUUACACAUAUCCUUACCCCCAUGAAUGUAAUCCUUGGUGUCCAGAGAGGUGCUCGGGACCUAUGUGCACUCAUUAUACCCAGAUAGUUUGGGCGACUACCAACAAGGUUGGCUGUGCUGUGAACACCUGCAGGAGGAUAAAUGUUUGGGGAGACGUGUGGGAGAAUGCGAUCUAUCUCGUCUGCAAUUAUUCUCCAAAGGGAAAUUGGAUUGGAGAAGCUCCAUAUAGAAAUGGCCGGCCCUGCUCUGAAUGUCCACCCAGUUACGGUGGAGGCUGCAGGAAUAACCUCUGCUAUCGUGAUGAGUCUUAUGUUCAGAAGCCUGAGACCGAGGAGACGAAUGAAGUGGAAAUGUCUCAGAUUCCUGAGGAGAAACCCGUAUGGAUCCAACCAAGGGUAACCAAACCCACCAAGCCCAAGAAAACCACUGCAGACAAUUAUAUGACACAAAUCAUCAAGUGUGAGACCAAAAUGAGAGACAAAUGUAAAGGAUCCACAUGUAAUAGAUAUCAGUGCCCAGCAGGCUGUUUCAACAACAAGGCAAAAAUUUUUGGAACUCUUUUAUAUGAAAGUUCAUCAAGCAUAUGCCGUGCUGCCAUCCAUUUUGGUGUUAUAGAUGAUAAAGGAGGUCUGGUUGACAUCACCAGGAAUGGAAGAGUACCCUUUUUUGUGCGGUCUGAAAGGAAUGGCAUUGCAUCUUUAAGUAAAUACAAACCUUCAAACUCAUUCAUAGUUUCCAAAGUAACAGUGCAAGACCUGGAUUGUUAUAGCACGGUUGCUGAGCUAUGUCAAUUUGAGAAGCCAAUGAAACAUUGCCCAAGAAUUCGUUGUCCAGCACACUGUAAGAAUGAACCAUCAUACUGGGCUCCGGUGUAUGGGACCAACAUUUAUGCAGAUACUUCAAGUAUCUGCAGGACUGCGGUGCACGCUGGAGUCAUCAAAGAUGAGACUGGGGGUUAUGUGGAUGUGAUGCCUGUAGAUAAAAAGAAGAUUUAUGUUGCUUCGCUCAGAAAUGGGGUUCAGUCUGAAAGUUUGAGGACUCCUCGAGAUGGGAAGGCUUUCCGGAUCUUUGCAGUGAAGCAGUAAACUCCCAGAACCAAGGAAGAAGAGAUCUUCUUCACCUGAGUGCUACGAUUUUGUUUUUGUUUUUGUUUUGUUUGUUGUGUGUGUGUGUGUUUUGUUUUUUUUAUAAAUUGUGAGCGUUGGAAAAUUUACUUCUAGUGGCCUUUGAUGUGACAUCCAGGCUGAAUGAACCCUUCUUUUCCCAUUCAUCACCUUGGGAGAGAGCACCACCUCGUUUCCAUUGAGGAGCAACAUUCUAGGGCAAGGCUUUCAGAGACAGGCUAUCUUUGACCUGGACCAGGGGUUCUGAGACCCACUGCCCAAAGCCCUGUGCCAUUAUGCACAGGAAACAAGUGGCUGCCUGAGAUGAAUGAGAGAUUACUUAAAAAGCCAUUCUGAUAUGUGGAGCAGGAGGGUUUCAUCUUCUUCAGAGAAGAAACGAUUUUGACUGAAAAGUGCUCAGUUGCAGAAUGGUUUGGGGAAAAGGUAUGUUAGAUGAUGGGCGUGUAGAAUUUAGUCAAGAAGGAUGGAUGGUAGAAGAUGUAAAAAUAAAUAAAAACCAUCCUUAAUAAUAAAGAAACAUGGGUUUAAUGUUUGCUGGUCAGACAAUUUAUAAGACAUGAGAAGAUAGGGAAGAGGGAAAAUAGAUAAUAAGGGCAUAAAUCUCUUGUCCUGGCACAUCUCCAAGUUAAUGGGUCCCAACUGGUCAUUGGUUUUUGAUAACCAAAUAAAAUUUGAGAUACACAGCAGUGCUGGUUUUAUCUAAACAGUGAUUCAAAAUAGUAAUGUUGUCAUUCAUUUCAUUCAUUCAUAGCACCUAUUUUUAAAUCCCAAUUUCUGGUAUAGUUUGGGAACUCACAGACUAGAGUCUUUAAUGCUAGCCCAUAUGAUAUGCCAGACUAUGAGUUUUUAUUGUUCAUGUGUCCUUGUUUUAAAAUGAGAUUUUUUUUUUAGUCAUCAAUAAGUUUAAGACCAUGCCCAAUGUUGUAUAUGCAUGAGGAUGUGUGUCUAUGUGUAUAAAAUAAAUGUCUACACACAUUCUGUUUAUUUCUAUUCAUACAUUUAACAUCACUGUUAGGGCAUAAAAAUUCCCUUUUAUGAAUUAUUUUCUAAAAGGAUUACCUUUAUUUUUUCCUUAAAUAUUACUGAGAUUGGCUCCCUUCAAGCCCAGCACUCUUCCACGGUGCACAUUCUUCUCUGUGGUUAGCAAGAUUUGGAGAGGGACAGCCUUGUGGUUAUGAAGCUACCCCUUGGUUUAAUGACAACCGUAGAUUGUAACACAUGGGUAUCAUUUCUCUUCCUGUUAUUGUGGAAUUGUAAUUUCCAAAUGUUCCAAGGCUCCUUGGAGUCCUGUGUUGUUUGGGUCAUGCUCAUUUUUUUUUAAACCUCAGUUCCUUAUGAGCUUGUAACAAAGCUGCAUAAUAAAGAUACACAUGUUAGAAAUUCAUUUUGUAGGAUGGUAAAAGAUUGCCUUUUUCUUGAAAAAUAUUGGUUUCAAAUUUAGUUUUCCAUGGAGUUAAGUUCAGAGACAGGGACCAUGCAUCAAGUUAAAAAAUCUAAGCUGGUUUGCGCUUUAUCAAGAAGUUAAGCAUAAAAGAUCUGUCUAUCUUGGGAAUAAGUAAGGCAAAAUUACAUUAUUGCAUAUCGGUUUACCACAGCGUUUGAAGAUAGGUAGACUUUAGCUUUAGCUAGCGAGAAAGCAAUUAAACUUGUAGCUAGACAGAUGUUAAAAAUUAGUUGGAGCAUAUUUUGCUUAAUUAAAUGUCUGCUUAAUGUUAUUCAUAGACAUCUAUGUGAAAAAACUUCAUUAUCCCAAUAUUUGUGUGUUCAUUCAUCCACUCAACAUUUAUUAAGCACUUACUGUAUGCAAGGCUCAGUGCUAGACACUUUCAUUUUGUAUUAAAGGUGCCAAGUAUCUGGAUAUUUGGCUGCCUCUGGAUGCCUAGGUUUGAAAUGACAGAAUUAUUCUCUUUUUAAUGAGAUAUUUAUGGUUGUGUUAUAAAGUCAAUCAGAUUCCUUAGUUUGAUAAAUAAUAUGGUAACAGUCCAGUGAAACCUGGGUGUAUUUCACCGGCAAGCAUCUUGCUAUUAAGUAGAUAUAAGAAAAUCUUUUCAUAUACUUAGGUGUCUUUUAUAUGCCCUAUUUGAACAUCAAUUAUUGGUGCUCUAUAAAAGCCAUACCUUUGGCCCUUUUAACAGUAUAAAAUCAACUUGACCAGAACCAGGUCUCCCUGGUUUGAUUUUUCCCCCCCUUUUCAUUCAUCACCUGUGUAUUUUGAAACUGGAAUCAUUUUCAUUUAUAAUCACUGGUCUUCUUAGCUGGUAGCCCAUUGGACAAGGGCUGUCCGUAAAUCCAUAUUUUGUAUUGGGCUCUGCAUCUUAUUAGAAAUUGAUUUAAUAAGAUGAAACAAAAGUAGGGUUGAGUUAUUUCACAUCUCCUGUUUCGCAAAUAAAAUGCUUAUCAUUUUCUUGGAUUGUCAACUUUCACCUUGUUUUUAAAUCUGUGUUGUGUUUAAUAAUAUUAUCUGCAGGCCACCUCUACCUGCAGUUUAUAUAUGUGCUUUUUUCUAUGAAAAAUGAUGUAUUUUUACUAUUUCCUAUGUACAAAAAUUUAUUGUAAAUUUUUUGUGUGUGCUUUGCAUGAACAAGGGGCCUUACUUUGUUAUUUUUUUUAAUUCUAAUUUUUUCCCUAAAGUUUCUGUAAAUCAUUUUCAAAAAUUUUGAACAAUUCAUAAAAUAAAAAAAUGUUAAACCCCAAA